AUGUUUGCGCCCCAACACAACAAUGUAUGGGUUGUCUCCAUGACUCGCAUGAAAGCAACUGACAAAGGGUUCGCAGCUUCGUCACCACCACCGUCCGCGGGAAUGAAAGCACUUAGGCCCGGACCUCCUCCGCGUAUCGAUCCUGCCGUUGCUAAUCAACCUUUCUUGUCGCUUAGCCACGGGAGUCCAUCGAGCAGUCUCGGAAGCCAUCCACUCACUCCGCGAAUGUCGCCUUCACGAAGUCAAACUUCCCCGUUUCCGCUAACGCCUUCGUCACUUGAGUUCGCCGACGAGGGAAGCGCUUUCAACAGCAACCCUGCAGCUACUAUUCGAUCGGCAUUGAGCCCAACUCUGACCACCAAAUCGCCACAUCGCGCGACAACUCGGUCCGAGACUCCAACAAUCAACAGCGACACUGCCAUUACCGAUGGAUCGGAAGGCUCGCAUACUCGAUCGCCUUCUAUUGAAAGUAAAAGUACAUAUCGCACGUCAGUAUCGAGCAGACGCUACCGGGAAUCCACAUCGACUUACUCCUCACGAGGCGUUUCGAUCAGCAUCCCACGCAGCCCUCGAAAUUUUAUGGAUGAAGUGCCGCCUAUACCUACUGGGCCUUUGACAUCAUUCCGACCUAGCUCGCAGAUAAGUAAUACCGGCACGAAUCUUUCUACUAGCCCGCCAAAGACAAAGCCCGUUGGUUAUGGCGCCUUUGAUUUGGGGAUAACAGACGAACCCCAGAGUUACGAAAGUGCUCACGGAACCUCUCCUCCAAAGGAGGAUACAUUGACAAGGUCUCAGACGAUGUCGAACGCAGUGAAUGAUAGCCUCGAUCCUAAUGAUAAUCUCUUAACUAGAUGGCCGUCGCAGCCAUCGCCAACCGUUCCUGGUCGACCCUCUCUACCUAGACAAUCCAACACCCUAAGCUCAACGACUGGAUUGAACCCUCUGCAAAACAGUCAGCCGGCUUCAAAUUUUAACCCUGGUCUCGGAUUAGAUAAGACGGCAUAUCAUGCACCUGUAGGGUCAACAUCAUCCAGCAAUUCCUCUCGUUCCGAGACAGGCAGCGGCAGCUCAAUCUCCAGCCCGGCAUCGGACUUUGAUCGGAAACCAUCAGAUCUGACUCAAAUUGAUUCAAUGCUGCAAGAACUGGAGUUGGAUCAGAAGCAGUCUCCAGUUGAAAGACGGCCACCGCCACCUAGUCUAGACAGCACAAGUCUCGAACCACCACGCGGUGUUGGUAAUUUUGACCGUGGACCUGAUUCGCCUACCGACCCAACUCUUGUUGGUGGCUCCUAUUCAACGCGCAACGCUCCUCCACCAGAGCCCAUGCCGAAGAGCCCAUUGCGCGAAAAGAGUCCUGCGGAAUACGGCCAGCAGGUCUCAAGACCAUCCACUGCCGGUGGUCAAAAGCGUCGUUGUCGCGGUUGUGGACAGGGCAUAGUUGGUAAAUCGGUUUCCUCAGCGGAUGGCCGCCUUACUGGACGGUAUCAUAAGGCCUGCUUUGUUUGUUUUACCUGUCGGUCACCGUUUGAAACGGCAGACUUCUAUGUUCUAGACGACCAUCCUUAUUGUUCUCAACACUAUCAUGAACUCAACGGCUCGACUUGCGCCACUUGCAAACAGGGAAUUGAAGGACAAUAUCUCGAGACCAUUGAAAACAGCACAUAUGGUACUGGGAAUCCGCAAAAGUUUCAUCCUGAUUGUUUGACCUGUCGCACCUGUCGUGUUGUCCUCCGAGGGGAUUAUUUUGAAUGGAAUGGUCAAGUCUACUGCGAGCGCGAUGCUCGACGAGCUGCAGCUAUGACAGCGCCACCUCCUGGUAGACGGAUGCCAUCAUCCCCUCUUGCUGGUCCUCCGGGUUUCCCACCAGGACCACCGCCGCCUACGGGAUAUCGCGGUCCUCCACGCCGAGGUGGCCCACCAGGUCCAGGUCCAAGUCGCAUGGGACCAGGUGGUCCUAUGAUGCCACGUGGUCCACCUCCAUCUGGUGGUCGUGGAAUGGACAGGCCGCCACCAUCUUCUAGACAAGGCGGUAGCUUAGCUCCCCCAGGCGGUGCUCGACGCUUCCCCGAGAGGAGAACGACCAAGCUGAUGAUGGUAUGAGAUGUUCAUUCAUCAAAGGAUCAGAAAGUCACGUGUACAACAUUCAUCCUUCUAUCGUUUUUGUUUCUUUCUUCUUUUUGUUUCUUGAUGAGACCUUUAUUUCUUGUUAA